AAACCAAGAUAACUACAAACUAUUCUUACGACCAACCACAAAAAACAGACACAACGAUGAAGGAGGACAUCAACAAACAGUUCAAGUUCAACCAACUACCAACAACGACUAACAGCAACAACAACAACAACAACAGACAUACUCACCCCAGGAAUAACAACAAUCUCAUCAACAAGACCCACAAACUCAUCAGGCAGAACCAUAAGACCAUACCAACAACAACAGCUACUCAAACAAACAACACCACAUUCAAGAACUUGGAAGAAAGACUACCAGAUCAAGUACUAGAACUCAUCCUCACCCAACUACCCGAUCGAUUCGGAUUUAGCAGUCUCAUCAGAUCAAGAACAACCACCUACGGAUUCAUCAAUAAUCAUUAUAAUCUCAACCACCAUCCAGUAGAUCAACAGAAUGAAUCAGAAGGAACUCAUUGGGUUACCCCACCUACCUCAUUCAGACUAAUCAACAAAAGAUGGGCUAGAGUCGGAGCAGAGGUCUUCUUUAAACACCUCUCAAUCUACUCCAUCAACCGAUUGGAGGCCCUCGUCAAGCUCUUCAACUCAUCCAACCACUGUCUACCAAGCCUAGUCAGAACGAUCGUCAUCUCGAUCAAAAAACAGGAUAAUCUCCGAUCGACUCCUAUCACUGAUCACCACCAACGGAUCAGGGAACUACUCAGCAAGCUACUCAAGCCUCUCACCGGACUCAGAUCACUGGCCAUCAGGGGCUGCUCCCCCGGGAUCCUCUUCCCGGCCCCACUCGAGAUCAAGGAACUCUUCCUGCCCCAGUCGAUCAUCCGAUUAGCCAUCGAGUUUCGCUCUCAGGAAGACUCAGCCUUGCUCAGCUCACUACCUACUACCAUCAAUCGAGGAGCUACUCAGCUGCCAUCAUCAUCCCCGCCAUCCUCAGCCACUCCAAUCAACAGGGGAACUCAAACAUCCGAACUGAUCGAACUCCAUGCCGCCGAACUCAAUCUCCUCCUCGUCUGUCUACCCAACCUCCGCUCACUCCACCUCUCCAACUUCCGCUCCCAGCCUCAACGGCCCCUCUCCCGAUACCUCCCCGGCUCUCAUCACCACUCUCAUCUUCAAAACGGGGCACCUAAAAACCCUCAGGCCUGGCUCUCGAUCCGCUCUUUGAUCCUCACCGACUGCGAACUGUCGGACUGCGAUGCCCAGUUCUUUGCCAACAGAUUCGCCGGACUCGAGACCCUCUCGAUCUCCAACUCCUUCAUCGAUCACCACCACAUCUCCGCCAUCAAUCAUCUCAUCUCACCUUCCAGUAGGAAACCCCGCGAUAUGCCUCUGGGCCAGGAGGAGCCGCUCCGUCUGGCCGAUAACCUCGACCGGCUGAAUGUCUGCUGGACCGAUUUCAAGUACGACCCCUCCCUACUACUGUUCCCCGGCAACACGGAGAGCAAGCCCGGUCUGGGCUCGAGCCUAUCGACCCGAUACGCCGAGCUGGAUCUUUCGGGGCUCACUCGACUCCGGGUCUUAGGACUCAAGACACCUACCAGAGUCAUCCUCACUCACGACGAUCACUCUACCCCAGAAGCAGGCCCGCUCACCAGCCUCCAAUCUCUGGCUCUCAACCCUCAAUUACUCUUCUUCUCUUCUCCGACCCAUCUCCACUCUUGUCUGGCUAAAGCCCCGAUCCUUCGUCAAGUCAUCCUGCUCGACCAUCCGCUCCCAUCCACUCUUCUUCAUCAUCCAAAAGCUCUAGACCAUCUAGGCUCGACUUCUUCUUAUUCAAAAUCGAGCCCUUCUAUUAACCACCUCCCAGAUCACAAUCUACCCGCCCUUCCACCUCCUUCUUUCAAUCCGCUCAACUUCAACCAUCUCGAACUGGCUUCCCCGCUUUGGUAUCGGAAACUCAGCUUCCAAUUCUUCGCGUGGAAUUGCGGCUUCGAUUGGGUUGACGCCUCUUCCUCUUCUUCUUCCGCUCCCUCCUCCUCCUCUUCUUCUUCUUCCUUCUAAUCAUCAACUUCUUCUUUCAUUUUUAUCUUCGACUGACCAUUCAUUGUUCAACUUGAUUUUUUAAAAAAACACUUUCAAAAAAAAAAAAAAACUCUUUCAACUUGUUUGAAGAAAGAGUCAGUUCUCAUACAGAACAACUGUUCUUUUACUUUCUUUUUUCAUUUUUUUUUCUGUGGACUCUUACGUUUCUUCAUCUUGUUGUUGUUGUUGUUGCUGUUCAGAUUUCAGUUAACCAUUUUCAAGUUCGAUUGAUGUUGUAUGAUCCAUGUGUUUGCUCUAUUGUAGUUGUUCAUCGAUUCAUUAUGUAGUUAAUUUCAAUCAUCCAUGAAAACUCAUGAAAAUAAAAACAAGAAAUACAUACAAAAUA